GCAGCUCUCCCUCCGGUGCGCGCCGCGUUAGUAAAGCAGCGACCUCCUGUGCGUUGGCAGCGACCAAUCAGCGCUGUCCGCCGGAGCCGUUGGAGCCGUUGACCGUGGCGGUGUACGCGUUGUGUGGCGGAUGCUACGCGGAAGGAUAGACAGGCAGUAUGGCGGAGGAGGGCAGUGUGUGCGAGUUAGAGCGGCUCAAAACGCAACUACACAGCCUGCUGCGCCGCUACGCAAGCGAUGAGCUGCGGGGCGACGGCAAACCGUUCUGCUCGGACUUUCGCAAGCUGGUGGAGGAGUACGCCUCUCGCUGGCAGGUGCCGCUGCCACAGCUCAGGAUCCUCGAGACGUCUCUCCGCUUCUUCGCUCAAGCCUCCACCUUCUUCACGCCGAACUGCGACCACGUGCUCCACACGCUCAGUAGUCUGGCCUUGAGUAUUUUUGAGCUGCUGCUGUUCUUUGACCAGAAGGACUUACACCAGGAGCCACUGAAACAAUUCACUGUUACAUUCCAGGAAUGUCAUUUGGCCCUUGCGAGGCAUCAGAAUGUGCAUUUACUUCAGGUUGAGCGUUUGGUUCGGGGCGGCGGACCGUGGGCCUGCCCAGCCUUACAGGCAAUCCUCAGUGACUCCAGUUUACCUCAGAGUGAAGUGGAUGAGUGCGUCAGCUCUGAGCCGCCGGUGUUCUUCGAGCUUCGGGUGCGCUACCUCUUAUCCUGUGAGCGGGUCAGUGAGGCUAUGGCCCUGGCUAAGUGUUGUGCUUGGCAUCCCACAGCAGGACAACACUUGUUCUUCCUCCAGGUCUACCUCACGUGGCUUUUCAAAACUUCACAGCAUGACAGUCUACACAAAGAGGUGGCUUACUUUAACGGUAAAGAUGCAGUUCACAUCAUCUGUAGUUUGGAGAGUGAGGAAAAGGAUGAGGUGCUACUGGCCCUCAGCAGAGCCUUCCUCUCCCAGCAGCUCCACAGGGGAGACAUGUCCUAUUUGUGUGAUCUUGUCUUCGUGUGGAGUAAACUUCAUAGUCGGUUGAAAACAUCCAAGCAGGCUCUGCUUGAGGAGAGUCGUCAGCUGAUGCUGUCUGCCACCAGCGUCAACUCGAUCUUCCCUUUCAUCAGAGCCAUACUGCAAGAACUGGGUGAAGACGGUAUCCAGUUCUGCGUGGAGCUUUGUGCUAAUGCCCUGAAGUCUUGCCUUCCCUGUGACGUCACCACCAAGUCUCUAAUCUACAAAACCAUUGCCGGCCUGCUGCCCAACGACCUGGAGGUUUGCCGAGCAUGUGCUCUGCUCAUCUUCUUCCUGGAACGCACUGUUGAGGCCUACAAGUUGGUGUACCUGCUUUACAUGCAUCCUGAUCAGGAGUACCACGUGGAGUACAGCCCCAUCAGAAAUCAAGUUCGCUUUGAAACCCUACAGGUCUUAAAGAAGGACUUGUAUUUCGACCCAGAGUUUUGGAACCUCAUUGCUUUGCGGACCAACUGUUUGAAGCUGAUGAGUGAGAAGGUGGUCAGCGCUGCCCUCGAGGAAAUCAUGGAGGACAAGUGGAUCCUUAACUAUUACACCAAAGAACCCGCUCUCCGAUCGAGCACAUCAGGAUGUCAGAGGAGAAGUAAAGGGGCGCUUCAGGCGGCAGCUAAGAAGCAUCGUCAUAAAGAGGAUACUGACACGGCAUCCAAAAGAUUAAAGGUGGGCCCAGGUAAAACACGGAUGAAUGUUGACCACGCUGUAAAGAGGAGAGGCAACCAUGGAUCGCGGCCUUUGAAGGACACAUCUGAGCCUUUGAGGCGUUCAUUUUGGCAACUAGACCGACUACAGGACAACGGAGAACAUCGACGCACUACACGACUCUCGGAGAAGAACCCACCAAAACGGAGGAUUAGAAAACCCAAGUGGCUUCUGGAGGACUCAGGAACUCUUGGAGAGAAUAACUUUCCUCCGAAGAUCAAAAAGCAUGGGUUGAGACAUCAAAAGCACCUUCGAUCUUCUGUGGAAAGGAGGUCUGAAACUGGUCAGAUCAAGAACAAUGCAAAACACAAACCUUCAGUUAACUCUCAUUUAAUGGGAAGGGAAAACCACAGCAAACACCAGAAAGGGUUUUCCACAGACUGUUUUAAUCCAGCCGCCCCUCCACAAGUCGUUCUUGAGCUCUCCCUGCCAGACAACGAACUGAUAGGUACGUUUACUGAGGACACUUGCAGCAGGCCGAGAGGGUUCCCUCAGGUGCUUCUUUACAAACCUACAGUGAAGGUUCCUGCUACACCGCCGCCUAUGAAGACUGUCCACCGUAAAGAGGUGAUUCUUAGAGCGCGGGAUGCAACUAUGUUUGUACAACAGUUGCACUGUUACGCUCGGCGCCAGAAAGGAAAAGGCACCGGGUCCAAUAUUCAAGGCUCGGUGUCAACAAUCACACGGUCCUCUGUGCAAGUAAGUCCUCCAAAAGAUCCAGAGAGAGAGCUCUCUGAAAAGUCUGCUGUUGAGAUGAGAGUCACUGUCGCUUCACAGACGCCCGCAAAAGCGACAGAAUCUCCAGUUUUACAUAAAGUCCCUCAAGCUCAGAGCGCAGGAAAAGUCUUACACACCCUCACAUCGACAAGAGAGCUGCCUGAAAAGUCUGCUACCGAGGCAUCGGCAGAAACCGAAGUGACAGAAGCCCCGAUGUUGGAUAAGGCCCUGCGAGCUCAAACGAGGGAGCUCUGUGAAGAGUCUGCCGUGGAGAUGAAAGUCACUAUAGCCUCACAAACCCCAACAGCGGGUAAAGUGUCUCAAUCCACAGGUUUAGAGAAGGUUUCUAAAACUGUAAAAGACCUGUCAAAAACCACAACUUCAGCUGAGGUUUUGCAGACUUCAACUGGAGACAACAAUCAGAUGGUCGUCACUGAGGAAGUCCGUCCAGUCUCAAAUAAAGCCAACACUGGAGCUGCUGAUCCCUUGGCCUCACACUCUCAAGAUAUUGUUCUUAGAGAUGAGAAACGACUUGAACUGAAGUCCUCUCGGGCUGAAACUGGUGCUCCAGAGGUCACCACUUACACACCUACAGAUCAGGACAGUAUAAAUGACAUAUCUGCUCUGACAUUAGUAACAGAAAUGGUUACUGAGCUUGCACCCGAGACACUUGCUCACAAACACCCAGCUGCUGAAGACAGUGCUUCCAAAGAGUCAAGAACUGGGAGUAAACCUAAAGUUCCUCACAACUUACACGCUACCUCCAGCUGCUCUGCACCAGAACUGGGGGCCUCUGCAGUUGAUGAUGUGCGAGGGAAGAAUGAGGAAACUCAGGAUACUUUUCCAGAAACCCAUGAGAACGGUGAACCUGUGGAGUCGGAGGAAUCAAAGUUGGAGUACUGCUGUACGUUUUGUAACAAGGUUUUUAAGGGAAGUCGUGUCGUAGCUCAUGCGAUGUUCCAUUACCGCAAAGACGAGUGCAUGUUCUGCGGGACGAUGUUCAAAGAUGACCUCCUGGCCAUGAUGCACCUGUCUAAUCAUAUUGAGAAGCUGAAGAAAAGCAAAGAGUCAGCUGGUAUCAACGCCCAAGAAGACUGGGACUUUGAGACCAAAGAUAUCACCACACCUAAAACCUCUGCCAAAGCUAAGAUCACAGACAUGUCUUCUGGGCGCCGUAGUCGUGGGAGACCUAGGAAAUCUGGCGUCUGUCCUAAAUCAAUAAGCCUUCCAGAUUCAACCCCAUCUGGAUCCAGAAAGUUGAGAUCCAAUGACAAAUCAGUGGAUGGUCGAUCUUUACAAGAAAAGAAACAAAACUCAUCAAAGCACCUUAAUAGUAAAUCUCCCGUUAACAAGGUAAACGGGCAUAUUGUCAAAAAGACGGAGCUUGACAGAUCGAAGAGCACGCAGCAGCAGAUCUCUGAAGAAAGAACGAGUGAUGGGGACGAGAAUCCCAGGUUGCAAGGUAACAAAGAUCUAGAAAUGGAUUGUGCAGCGUCAGAGUUCAGCUGUUCCACCGGCGACAAAAUGAAGGAGACAGAAUCUCUGCAGGUCGAAAAGACGACCGCAAAACAAGACGGGAACGUUUGUGAAGAGAAGUAUGCGUCACAAGAGAAAGUCCGCUGUCCUGUGGAUGGUUGUGCUUGGUUUACAGACCUGUCAAAAAACCGCGUCGCGCUGCUUUACCACGCUCUCGAAGAUCACUACGGUGAGGUCAAACCUCUGGAACUGGCCUUCCGUGUCGGAAACAGCAGGUGUAGUAUUUGCAUGAGGGUUAUGUGGAGUUUCGAACAUUUUCAGCACCACGUUGAAAGACACAGACUCAGUCCUCGGCAUCCCUGCCUCCAUCUGGGUUGUACUGCCAGGUUUAAAAGCGGAAUGGAAAUGAGACGCCACGCCAGGAGGCACAGUCCGCUGCAGGCAGUGUGCUGCCUCCCUGGUUGUUCAAAGCUAUUUAUCUGUCUCUGGGCACUGAACCUUCACGAAAGAGAGCACUACGCUUCCAAACCGACUAAACCAGACAAGAACACAAAUGAACAAACGGGUGACAAACAUGAUAACUCACCGGCUGGGAAGAAACAACCAGAUCACAAGCCCAAAGAUGAAACCGCUUCCAAUACUGUAACUAAGACUGUGAGCGUAAAGGCUACUCGUAAGUCAAGAGGACAAGUUACACACAACUCAUCAACAGGAAAACAUAAGGCUCCUCCUCCCACCACCGUCAGAGCGUCUCUGUCAAAACAAGGGCCGAAACAGGCCGGUGAGACCAAGGAUUCACAUGUUUUGAAGAAUCUUUCUAACAAGGACACCUCCACACAGCCUGCCGGCCCUAAUCUGAGAUUGAGGCACACGUUAAGGAAAGUUAAAGGAACAAAUAUAUCCCUGGCACCGCUCAAAAGUCACAAAGUCAUCUCAUCGUUGUUCAGACACAAUAUCAGAGUGAGACAUAAGUUCAAGAAAAAGCAGGUCAAAGUAAACACUAAAGGUCCCAAAAGAAGAGGGCGUCCUCCUAAGUCAAACAAAGAGGUGCAUGAUGAAAACACUACUACUGGUCAAAACAAUGAAACCGUCAAAGAGAAGACCGAUCAGAGGAGCCCCACUCAGCUCACAAGCCCCUCUAAAGCAGCAGAGACGUCAAAUGUGAGCAAGGCGUUGAAUGAAGAGCAAAAGAGUCAGCGGGUCCAAGAUGUCUUCAAAACUACUGAAACACCAAUCAAUGAGUCAAAGUCUAAAAAAUCAGUUAACAAGCAGAUUAAGAAGAAUCAUGUUAAACAAAAGGGGGUCUUGCAUAACACCUCUACACCUAUUGUGACGUCGAACAGCGUAAAUCAGUCAGUUGCCACCUCGGCAGACAAAACACACAAGAAACUGCAUAAAGCGAAAAAACGCCCCGCUCCGAAAGAAAAUGGGAGUCGGGCUGCUUCUUCAGACUCCAGCAAGUCAAAGAAACACAAGGUUACAGAUGGCAAAGCCAACAGAGAGAUUAAGAAAAAAUGUCCUGUCAAAGAACCAGAGUCUGCCUCAAAAAAGCCAAGUAAGUCAAAUUCUGUUGUCCCCCAGGUUGAGCCCAAAGCUGCAACCAGAGAAAAUUCUGCUGAUGAGGAGGGAAAAGCGAAGGCAGAAAACAAAGACUCCACACAAAACUGCUCUGGUAACACUGUGCCUGCUGUCCCAGCCAACACUUUAAAUGAGAUAAUUGCACCACCCACCACCUCAGGAGACAAAACGCAGAUGGUAACAACAGAAGAAAAGUCAAAGAAAUCACACAUUACGACGAAAGAAGGAAAGAAAGAGAAUAACACAUCUACUGCUUCUUCAGACUCAGGCAAGACAAAUAAGAAGCACAAAGAUGCUAAUAAAAAAGUCACGGAAAGACUGCAAGUAACAGAGGAAAAGUCAAAGAAAUCACACGUUACAAAAGAAGGGAGGAAAGUAAAGAAUACUGCUUCACACUCUGGAAAGACAAACAAGCACAAAGAUACUAACAGUAAAGGGGACAAAAAGAGGCGGCCUGCUUUAAAAAAGUCUGCCAUGUCAAAAUCUGUAGACCAGCAGGUUGAAGCGAGAGCGGCAGCGGGAGAGAGCUCACCUGACGUGGAAGGAAAAGCAAAAGAAGAAGCCUUACAUGCAACGCUUGACAGCUCCGGUUCCUCCGUUCCUGCCGCUACAACUGGCGUCUCAAAUGAAUCUCCACCCACCGAAGAGAACACGCAGAAAGAAAAAUCAAACAAAUCUCAUGUCAAGAAAAACUCAGACCCCAACAAAGCGAAUAAGAAGCGCAAACUUGUUCAUAAAGAAGGCGACACGAAGACUGUGAAGAAGAAAUGCAAAGAUCGGGGCGCUCCAUCGGCGUCCAAGAAGCCCGCAAAGUCACAAAGUACGGUCAAAGCCGAGGUAGUGGCGAGCUCUGUAGGCGAGGAGGGAAAACCCUCGGAGGAACAAUCUGCGGUUAACGGCGCCGGUUACUCUGUGAUGAUGAACGGGCAAGCAGCAACUGAAGAUGUAAAAUCUACAGUCUGUAAGGACGCUCUGGCAGAGUACAGUAAGAGGCCAUACAUGCGUCCGCCGCCGACGGCGUACCUGGAUGAGAAGUACACCACCAUGCCCAAACGGAGAAAGGACGUGUCGUUUUUUCACCCGUUUCAGAAAACCUUUUCUCCCGCGCAGGCCAAGGUUACAACUACAGCUCUGCAGAGACAGCGAUGUGCCAACUGUUUCGCUACUUUCAACAGCGCCGAAGACCUGCAGAGUCAUCUCCAAGUGCAGAAGUGCUCAAGCCUCUUUGGAUUCGACUCUGACGACGAGGGCAACAGUUGAACGUGUCUAAUGAAGUCUAAGUGAAUUGACAUUUGGGAUGCACAGACUGAGCUGGAUGGAGCCUACCUCCACAGAUCAAUGCUGUCUUUGAGGACUUGUUCGUGGCUGCGGGGGGCGAUGACUCACGGACUGGGAGACUGGAAAGGGUUACCUACAACCCGAUCAAUAAAACUGAACUGGAUCCCAGUCAGAGUGUGAGGAGGACAGCGAGUACUGAAGUGCCUGCUCUGGAACCGCCGUGCUGUUUCCAGCUGCUUCACCUGGUUUGGAGGUUAAGCACCGUGGCUUAAAGACUGAACUCUAGAAAGCUGUGAAAAAAAUACUGACGCAAGAUGACAAGGCUGCUCCUGCUAUCAUAAUAGGAUACAUAUUUUUCACAUCCGUAAGCCAUAAAAUGCCAUUGUUUGCUUUUUGCACUCUUCUCAUAAGAUUUCUCACUUUCUUUCUGCUUAAACUCUCAAAGAGUGAUCGGAUUGUACAACGAAUGAAACAUCUUGACGCUGUUUUAACACCCUACGGUUGCAUAUAAUUUAGAUUGAGUUUAAACUUUUAAAAAACUGUAAGAAUGCUGUAUAAUCUUUUGGGAUUUUUUUUUUUUUAAUGUGUAAUUCUUAACAUACUAAUUGUAUUUCUAAUACAAAGUUCCCUACGGGGUUGAUUAGGUCUGUGCUUGUCCUCACCACGAGUAACCAGUAGGGGUCAGUGUGCACCAAUCUUUUUGUUUUUAUGUGAACACAUUUGCUCUUUUUUUUUUUUUGCCACAGAAGGAUUUUCUACACACACGGCUGCUCCACUGUAUUUAUCACUGUACAGACUCAAGAAAAUGGCUUCACUUCCAAUCCAUCAAGCUGUAUUUCCUUUUAGCAAUAACAAACACAAUGUGCCAGUAUCCCGCUAAUACUUCUCUGGAUUCUGUCACCGAUCAUGUUCUCUUUGUUAUUCGCCGUCAGUGGAGCAGCUCACAUUCUCGCUUAUAUUAUGUUUUCUCACUUAAAACGUUUUUCAAUUUUAUCUUUACUGAACGGUCCAAGAUCUGUUGAGACAUUGUGAUUUCUUUUUUUUUGAAUCUUACAAAUUCACAACCGCAGUUUAAAGUGUUACUAGGGGGGGGGAGGACGCCGCACCGAUCUCUCACGAGCAGCAGCAGGUUAUAUUUAUUUAUGUUUUAUUUUCUAUCUUUUGUAAAUAUUUGAAGAGUUUCAGUGGCUUAUUAUAUAAAAAUGGGGUGUCUGAGCCGGGUUUAUAUUUUGUUCUUGGAGAAGGAAAAAAAUAAAUCAUUUCAAAUGGCAUCAG